UCUGUCAAAAAAUUUAAACGCUGCUUUUGGAAUUUUGCUACCUAUUCAAUAUAAAAAGAACUUUAUUCUUUCUAAAUAAAAUAUUUUCUUGAUUAUAAAAAUUUAUGAUGUUACCCUCAGAAGUUGUAUCAACCGAAAAGGGUAAAUUAACUGAGCAGGACUUCAAUUUAAUAGCACAAGCUCAGGAUGAGUUUAAUAAACAGUGCUACGAUAAAUGCUUGGAAACUCUUCAACAGCUGGAGCAGUCAAUGGGCAAUAUAUUCAAGAUUCAACACAAUAAGUGCAUAGCCGAGUUUUAUAAAAAUGAAUCUAGAAACCACGAUAAACUUCUGCAAAUGCUUCAGACCGAAUCAACUGAGGCAACCAGACCACGGAGUCCAAUUGUCACUUAUAACAAGGCAGUUAUCUACUACCACAGGCGGAAAUAUUUCAGUGCUAUUGACAUCCUUAUGCCAUUAGUGGAAAGGCUAGACGAGUUAGAAGAAUCCAUUGUUUUGAAUGUUGGUGUACUUGUUAUCAGUUGUCUGCUGGCUACAAAUCAACUGAAACGAGCAUUGGCUUUUCUCGAAGCUAUACAAAUCCAUUUGGGAAUCAACUUAGAUACUGUAGCAGGCGAAGACAAUUCUUCACCGGAAAUCUUGAGCAGCAUUGAUGGUUUCAAUCGAAUGUUUAAAAUGAUAGCAAUGAUGACUAAUGUUUUGAAUAGGAAAACCGUUGUAAUACCUGAUGAUGGGACUGCAGAAUUUGCUGCGCUCAAAGCACAUCAAUACUAUCUAAUGAAAGAUUUUCAGAUGGCUGCUAAGCAGUUGUCCAAAAAGUUUACUCCCGGAUGUUAUGGCGUCGAAACCCAUGGUGAAGAUCUGGAUACCUGCAUCGCUAACAACAUGGGCAUUAUUCAUUUGAGAGUUCGUCACUAUGCUGUGGCUGCGAAGUUCUUUCAGAACGCUAUAUCAUUUGAUAGUAAAUUCUCUAGUAAUUUAAAAAAUGUCCCAUUGCAUUAUUUGAGUGCACCUCGUUCGCGAGAAGUUUUAUACAAUCUUGGUAUAUCGAUGUUACAUUUGAGGCGGCCUAAAGAGGCAUUCGAGUGCUUUCUCAUUGCUCUUAAGACUUAUCACAAGAAUCCUAGGCUUUGGUUUAGACUUGCGGAGGCUUGUAUUAUGUUUAAUGAAAUGACAAAUUUAGAAAAUGAUAAAAAGCCAAUUAUAGCCGCAAUAGUAUGUCCUGGGUCUCGGAGGAAAUUUAUCUUUCAACCUACUCCAAAACUUGCCUACCCGGAAAAUGUACAGUCUGCUGCGAUUCCUGAAACCAACUUGGAGUUUGCAGCUUUAUGUCUACGUAAUGCUCUUUAUCUGCAUAACACCUACAAAACACAGUUUACUACAUCUAACACUGAAGAUGCUGAUACACAAAGUUGGAGUUCAAUCAAUGAUGACAACAUUUGUAAUCCUUCCAUGCCCAUAUCCAAGGAAUCAUUUGCUAAUUUAGGCGCUGCUAUUUCUGCGGCCUACAGUUACGUUUCGUUGCGUCUAGGGGACUAUGUUCUUGCACUGGAAUAUGCCAAUGAAUUGCUGCGUAUGGACGGUAUUUCGGAAUCAUAUGAAAUGCUUGGACAUAUGUACAGCGGGGAAGCUUUGAUGAUGAUGGAUAAAUUAUCAGAAGCACGUAUUCAUUUGGAGCCAAAAUUCAUAUCUGCACCUAACGCUUUCGACUUCGAAACAAAAGACUGGCAAGUCAAAUCUAUCGAAGCUGCUCAGUCGAUUAUGACCUACAAUCUAGUUGUGUGCAUGAUAAUGCAAGGUGAAUUAGACAUUGGCAAAGCCUUACUCACAACCUGCACGCAUCCAAUUGUCAAUGCAAAAGUGAUGGCCCUUAAGACGUAUAUUGAUAUAGUUUCCAAAGGCGGUCCAUAAUUGGUUGAGCAAUUGAAAGUGUGUAUCAUUGUAGAUAUUUUAUCUAUAUAAUAUUCUCCUAUUAUAUAAAUAUAUAUUUUAAGCGUUAUGUGUUUUAUAAUUAUGUAUAUUAUAUAGCAAAAUUUAUAAUUAGAAAUAGUAUUUAAAAAUGAAAUAAAAAUAUAUUUUGUAACUCA